AUGGCAUCCAUCUAUAUCGACGAAGAUGUCGGGAGGGACGACUCGACAGCCACUGGCGCCGACUCCGCUCCGUACAAGACACUUCUGCAUGCCUUUGUGCAACACGCACCCACUGAGGGGAUCCAGUACCUCACGCGCAAGUCGCAGACGGAUGCCCCCGGCGACGAUGUUGACCCGGCGGCCAAACUGGAGUGGAAGCCCGCCACCAAGUCGGCCCUGAAGAAGGCCACCAACCUCUGGGAACAACGCAAGAAGAAGGCGGCCAAGGAACAGGAAUUGGCUAUCCGGGAGAAGGCCGAGGCCGACAAGCGCCAGAAGGUCCUGGAGGACGCUAAGAAGGUCGUAAUCACUGAGAACACUUCGCUCCCCGCGCCCGUGCGCAUUCGUCUGGAUGUCACCGACCCUGAGAAGGUGAAGCUGGGUACGCCCGAGUCUGACUCGCCGGGCACCCGGGUCCGGGUCCUAGGUCGUGUCCACCGCAUGCGUGCUCAGAAGGAUGUGGUGUUCAUUACCCUCGCCGAUGGCUACGGGUACCUGCAGUGCAUCUUGACGGGCGACAUGCAGCACGCGCCCAACAACCGCGAACUCCACGCCGACUUCUUCACCAUCAUUGGUCGCGCCGCUGGUGACAAGGAAGCCAUCACCACGCGCGUGGCGCCGGACGCCGACCCGCAGACUCUCUACGACAACCGACACCUGGCACUGCGUGGCGAAACCUCGUCGUCCGUGAUGAAGGUGCGCUCGGCGACCCUGCGGGCCUUCCGACGAGCCUUUGAGGAGAACCGCAUGCUGGAGGUGACGCCGCCGGCGAUGGUGCAGACACAGGUGGAGGGCGGCAGCACGCUCUUCAAGUUUGACUACUACGGCGAGAAUGCGUACCUGACCCAGUCGUCGCAGCUGUACCUGGAAACGUGUCUUCCCUCACUGGGCGACGUGUACUGUGUGUGUCCGUCGUUCCGUGCAGAGAAGUCACUGACGCGGCGCCACUUGUCCGAGUACACGCACAUCGAGGCCGAGCUGGACUUCAUCACCUUCACCGACCUGCUCGACCACCUCGAGGCCGUGAUCUGCCGCGUCAUUGACCUGACCCUGGCCGAGCCCGAGAUUGCCGGGUUCAUCAACCAGCUCAACCCUGACUUCAAGCCGCCGUCGCGCCCCUUCCGUCGCAUGAAGUACAGCGAUGCCAUCGAGUGGCUGCGUGCCCACGACAUCCCCAACGAGGAAGGCCAGCCCCACCAGUUUGGCGAUGACAUUGCCGAGGCCGCCGAGCGCAAGAUGACCGAUAUCAUCAACCAGCCCAUCUUCUUGACCCACUUCCCCUCCGAGAUCAAGGCCUUCUACAUGAAGAAGGAUGUCGAGGACCGCCGCGUUACCGAGAGCGUUGAUGUGCUCAUGCCCGGCGUGGGCGAGAUUGUCGGCGGCAGUAUGAGAAUGGAUGACUGGGAUGAGCUGAUGAACGCCUACAAGCACGAGGGCAUGGACCCCUCGCCGUACUACUGGUACACCGACCAGCGCAAGUAUGGUACCUCCCCCCAUGGCGGCUACGGUCUCGGUCUCGAGCGCUUCCUGGCCUGGCUGUGUGCGCGCUACACCGUCCGUGAUUGCAGCUUGUAUCCUCGCUUCACGGGCCGGUGCACUCCUUAA